UGUAUUUUCGGAACAAGCUGAAAAAGAGGGCAACCAAAUCAUCAAGCUGGUGGCUGCAUACGGCUGAGCUGGCUGUGCCAGACGGAAGGGACUUUCAGUGCAUUUGCCCGCUGGGAUUCUCUCCCUUGCAGGUGACGCUGAUCAAGCCCCGGGCAGCACGGGGCUGGAGCCGAGAGCUCGGUCCAUCCGCAGGUGUCGGCAGCGUGCGCUACAGCUUUUUCCUGGCUGGGGUCCGAGGCCGAAAAGGCGUGGAGGGCGUGGCUCCGGGCCAGCCAGCAGAUGUCACAGCGCAGAUGACAUCACCCGGAGCCCCGUGCUGUCACAGUGCACUGCCGUGACGACGCCGGGCCCUCCCCAAGGACAGCUGGCCGCUGGCUCCAGGCUGCCCGCAGCCGCUUGCCGUGCCCCGUGCCCGAGAGCAGCCCAGCAGCAGACUAGCUCAGACUCGUCGCGCUCGUCCUCCAAGGCUCACAGAGGUUUGGAGGCACGUGCCUGGCAGCAUGGACGGAGCCUGGGUGGGGACGUGGAGACCUCAUUGCCCACGUGGCCUCAUCUCGGCCCAGUUCCCCAGCCCCGGGCCCCAGUACUCCAUCCCGGGGACAACAGGUUUCGUGGGCCACAGCCCCACCAAAGCCCGUGCCCCCGCGUACACGUUUCGCGGGACCAAACCGCCUGCGGCUGAGAGCUGCGGGCCGGGUCCCUGCUACUUUGUGGAGCCCGCCAUCACCAGGAACGGGAAGUACGUGGCUCCGGGCGCCCACCUUCGCGGACGACCCACGACGGAGACCACCGUCACCCCCGGACCCAGUGACUACCGCACCGAGGCAGCCAACAGGCACGUCUUCAAGUGCCCACCGGUGCAGUCCAUGGCCUUCCGGCGGGAGCCCCUGCGGACAGACCGCCCUCCAGGUCCGGGCACCUACACACUGCCCAGGCUGAUGGGCCCCAAUACAGCCUGCACGUCGGCCAGCCCCUGCUACUCCAUGAGGGGAAGGAGCCAGCGCGGCCGCUUUGACAAAGACCUUGCCAAGACUCCGGGUCCUGCGGCGUUGCCCAAAGUAGCUGUAGAUGCCUACAAGACCAGGGCGCCUGCAUACACCAUGUCGGCCUGACCAAAACCUGCAGAGGGCAAAGCAGUGAAGCCCGGGCCGGCAGACUACAGCGUAGGCCGGGUGACACUGAUCAAGCCCCAGGCGCCUGCAUCCACUUUUGGAAUCUGGCAUUCCCUCUACACAACCCCUCUGAUUGUGGAAUAAAACAGCCAAGUCUGGAAGGCCGCCUUUGCUUUCCUGGGACAGGAGGGGACAGGAAGAC